UGGCAUCGAGAGGCAUUGGCAAUGGAAGCUAAGAUACAAAAAAAUAAUAAGAAUGCACUAGAACAAUCAACGUAAAACCCUGACACAACACAACACUGUACAGAAUUAUUGCCACCGCGUUUCAUAGAUAGCUGUGAAACGACUUCCCUUCUCUUCCCACUCGACGUGAGAAUCUAUCAAAAUCCUACAAUUGAAUUUUUCUUGCGUUCUUAGUGUUCUCGUCUGGUGCUUCUAAAUCAAGAAGGCAUUUCGAUACGCGUUGCAUUGUUUCAAGUGGAUAUUGGCACCUAAGAAACUCCUCCUCUGUGGUUUGCUUCCCCGGUCUUGCUACACCGUCAGUAAGAACGAAUACAAAAUAUUGCAACGAUGUCAGGAAAAUCAACAAACAACUCCACCAUGAACCGACAGCCGAUGACAGCAUUACAAUACCUUCUCGUCCUACUGCUAUGCGUUGGUCAAACAGUAGCAUACAUUCCUUCAACGAAAAGAAUAAAUAAGGGCAUUCAUAAGCCUGGAACAACCAUGUCUGCUUGGAAAUCAUACAACAAUUACAACAAAGUUGAGACUUCUUUUAAUAACAUAUGCCAACGGUAUGGUUGCUGCCUUAAAAACAGAAUUAGCAUCAACUCUGGUAUUGCUUUAGCAUCGAGAUCUCAAAUGGAGGACGAGGAGUGCGAGGACUUCAAACAUCCCACGAACACCGAUGGCGUCUUAAAAGUGAACAAAAAAAGCAACGAUAAAGCUGGAGAUGCUCCUUCUAUAUUUCAACGCAUGUUUGAUGAAGUACCCUUUGUACAUCUCUUCUACACUGACGGUCGCAAGAAGCUUCCACCUGCCCAGAUAGACGACUUUGGGGUCAUGCUGUAUGAUGUAUUUCUGAUUGUCAAUUUAUCAUUAUCUAUCUCAUUUUGGGUCACCCAUCGAAUGGAUUUCACCUACAUACCGUAUGCGUUUAAUGAGGGCUGUCUUUUUUCUAUCCUGUGGAUUGCUUCGGGUUUGUACCACGGUAGUUUUUUGUACAGCGCAAUGGACGGACAUUUUCCGCUUGACGACGAACAAGGGCGGGGAGGUCCCAUGGCGGCAGGUGCCUUGGCCUUCAAUACCUUUAUCAAUGCCAUUAAUUUGCGAUUGGUCGCAGCGUUGAUCGGUGCAUGGAUUCAACACCGCAAGGUGGGAGAGGGUUCUCCCAUGGAAGAAUUGAUUCCGUUGGAAAUUGGCUGUGGAUUGGUCCUCAUGACACUCUGGCGAGUAGUCCACUCGCAAGUGACUCCGAGGUUGCGAUGAUCAACAGCGAUAGAUAAUCAAAUAUAGACUUGAUU